AUGAGACUUAAGGAACGAGAUUGUAAUGCCGUUAGUGAUUUUCCGACGUUGAGUGAAAAAGGAAAGCGAUAUAAUCUCCGUAGGAGCUUGUGCACACACAAGGGCAAAAAGAGAGUGGUAUCAGAGCAAGCCAUGGUGAGAACCAGGGAUGCUAGUAGUAGUAGAGCUAGAACUCCAGCGCAAGGGGCUUCUGUUCAAGAUGACAGUCGGGAUGUUGUUAUUGAUAGACUAACGGAACUAGCAGUUGGGGAAAGAUUUAGAAAACUAAACCCUCCAAUAUUUGAGGAUGCAUUAGACCCAACAGCUGCAAAGGAUUGGUUGAGGACUUUGGAGAAUAUGUUCAGGUAUACGAGAGUUUCGGAAGUAGAAAAAGUAGUUUGUGCAUCCUUUAUGCUACGAGGUAGUGCUGGACACUGGUGGGAUACGAUGAGUAGUAUUGAAGAUGUAAAUACCAUGACUCGGGAUAGAUUUAAAGAGUUAUUCCGUAAUAAAUAUUUUACAGCCCCAGUUCGAGCCAUGAAGAUGAAUGAAUUUAUACAGCUAAGACAAGGAGGGAUGACAGUGGGGGAGUAUAAUCGUAAAUUUGAACAACUAUCUAGGUUUGCAACCCACAUGAUUAAUACUGAUGCAUUAAAAGUAGAAAGGUUUCUUAAGGGGUUAAGACCAGAACUAUAUAGAGAUGUAAGUAUGGCAGGAAUCCUAGAUGUUUCAUAUUCUCAAAUUGCAGAGAAAGCAUUAGUUGCUGAACAAGCUGAACAAAGAAUUAGUCGUGCUCAAGAGACUCGACGACAGUUUAGGCAAGGACAACAACAUUGGGAUCAGGGCAAACAUCCGAGGAUAGAUCAAGGAAAAGCCUUAAUAGCACAACCAUCUUGCCCCAGAUGUGGUGGACAGCAUACUGGAGCAUGUCCUAUAGAGCCUAGGACAUGUUAUGUUUGUGGAAAGGUGGGACAUCUUGCUAGAGCAUGCCCAAGUAAUCCAAAUCCUAUAGAGCAAAAGAAGGUACCAGCUAGAGUGUUUACCAUUACUAGAUCCGAUGCUGAGGCAAAUCCAGCAGUUGUAACAGGUAAAUUUUCUAUCUUUGGCAUUCCAGCACUUGUACUAUUUGAUUCUGGAGCUACAAAUUCAUUUGUUUCUACCGAGUAUGUGAGAAGGCUGGGUAGGACACCUGAUAUACAUGAGGUCAGUUAUAGUGUAACUAUUCCAUCUGGAGAUGUACAACAAACCAAUCUAAUUGUAAGAGCAUGUGCGAUCCUUAUAGAAAAUUGA